ACUGAAGACAAAAGAUUCAUAAAAACUAAAGCAGUUGUGGACGACAGCAAAAGUUCUCGUAAAACGUACCUCUUACAAGUUGAAGGAAUGGGCUGCCUUCCAGUGGUCCUGCUUCUCUGCAGUUUCCACGCACUCACAGCUGUAGCCCAAGCCCAGCAGACGGAGGUCACUGAGGCACCCCUGCCAGACAACUGCAGGGAGGAGAUGUAUCCUUGCACCAGGAUGUACUCGGUACAUCGGCCCCUUAAGAGGUGUAUUGGUGGGCUUUGCCUCUACAGCCUUCCUCGGGUUUAUGUGAUCAACAAUGAGAUCUGCGUGAGGACAGUGUGCCAACAAGACGAGUAUCUGAAAGCUGAACUGUGCAGAGAGUUAUCAGGGUGGCCCAGGCGUGUUGAGAGGUCAACUCAAAAGAGACGUUGUAUCAAUCGCCGUAGCAACCCCAAAACCUGGGCAAACAAGGCCAAGGAUGGCAGCGUGACCACCAGUGAUGAUGGAGCCCUUUAGAGACAUAAACCCAGGGCCGUUGUCAUAAAAGCAGCCCAUAACACCGUAAAUCCUCUGCUUGACACCUGGGGAUCUCUUUCUUUCUCUUUCACACAUACCUGUGCUGAGUCAUAUCUAUGUUUGUGUAUUAGUCUCUUAAUUGUCUGUGAAUAUUGAAGCGUGUGCUCAUUUCAUCUGUCUGUUUUUGGACACAGAUCAUGUCUUCCAUGGUUUACGAUCCAUUUAAGGUACUGUAGUAAUGGGCCUAUAGCAGCACUGAGUCAUUUCAUUGUACAAAGAAAGACACUCUUUUGUGGAUUGUAAGGUACUCAUUGACAAUCCAGUAUUAUGUGCACUAUUGUAUCCAAUAAAAUCUAACAAAAUUGA